ACCAAAAUAGUCAUACAUUCUGUCCUUGUGUUACUUAUGGAUGGAGAGAAGAUAAGUCAUUCUCCUUUUUUCCGAGGACCCCCUGGAGACCACUCAAGGACCCCUGGGGUUCCACACUUUUAGACCCACUGACAUAAUGAACAACAGUAAGUUGGCAACCAGCAGCGGUGAUGCGUCAUAUGACAGCGUUGGGGUCGGAUAUCUCAGUGUAUCCUCGUAGGCAGAUGUGACACUGUGCUCUCAGGCAGACAAACAGGAGACCACCUCCUCCAAGCAGCGCACCAUGAUUCAACUCCGCUGCUGUCGCCCCGGCUGCUGCUUUUGGACAAACUUUCACGGAUUAAAUAAAGCCGACAGUUUCUGAGAGAAGAGCUGUGAGGAAGACUGCUUUCUGUUAGUAGCAGGAGUCUUCACUUGUUAAGUUACACUCUUAUCGUAAGCUCUGCCUGAUCUUUCUUAGGGGGUUUCCUCAGUGUUCAGCCACAAGCUCACCUGCAGAAGCCGAACCAUGCGCUCCCGGUUUGCCUCCAUCCUUCCCCUCCUAUUUGUCCUCUGCCUUCCCUCUGUUUUCUCCUCCUUCUCCUCACGCCCACAGUGGAUUCUCCAGCAUGUUCCUGUGGUCCUCCCACAGCACACGGAAAGUCGACCGGCCCCUCGCUUCCUGUCCCCGGCCCGCCUGGAUGUCAACUCGCCCUGUGAUCCAGAAUGCCACAAGAGAGCCCCUCGCCCGAGCUACUGGGACCUGCGGGGUCUUCUGGCCUAUGAGACACUCCACUCUGAUGGUCAACUUACUGAGACCGCCAUUGGGAUCUAUGGCUACAGCCCCAGUUCUAACACUAGUCCAGCAUACUCCUUGGGGUCGUCUGGGAAGACUGAGCGGUCACACGUCAGACGAAAGCGACAGAUCUUUGGUCAUGAUGGGCGUUUUAGCAUUGCAGGGCAGAACUUCCUGCUUAAAUAUCCUUUCUCAGUGGCUGUAAAACUGUCCACUGGAUGCUCUGGUACCUUGGUGGGGGACCGUCAUGUUCUCACAGCUGCUCAUUGUGUUCACGAUGGUAAAAACUAUGUGAAAGGAGCCCAGAGGCUUCGGGUUGGGUUUUUAAAACCCAAGCAACGAGAAACACAGUCGUCUACCCUUUUCCUUCCCUCCAACUUCUCCAAUUAUGUUGAAGGUGGCCCCGCUCCUUACGCCCCGCCAACCAAUGACAAAAUGAAGUUCCAGUGGAUCAGAGCCAAGCGCACCCAUGUUCCCAAAGGAUGGAUUAAAGGGAAUGCCAAUGACAUUGGGAUGGACUAUGACUAUGCUUUGCUUGAACUCAAGAAACCCCACAAACGCCGCCACAUGAAGCUGGGUGUCAGCCCUCCGGCUCAGAGGCUGCCUGGUCAUCGAGUCCAUUUCUCAGGAUUUGACAAUGACCGUCCAGGCAAACUGGUGUAUCGGUUCUGUCAGGCCGGUGAGGAGACAUCAGACCUGCUGUACCAGCACUGUGACGCUCAGCCCGGUGCCAGCGGGUCAGGAGUCUACGCUCGGAUGUGGGAUGGGCGACGCCGGCGCUGGGAGCGGAAGGUGAUAGGUGUGUUUUCUGGGCAUCAGUGGGUGGAGCGACAAGGGGCGUCUCAGGAAUUUAAUGUAGCAGUAAGAAUCACACCUCUCAAAUACGCUCAGAUCUGCUACUGGAUAAAAGGCAACUUUGUGGACUGCCGAGAAGGGUGAGGAAAAAGGUGGAGAGUGAGCAUGACACAGGGGUGAAGCUAGGAAAUCAAGGCCAGCCUCAUACAUCCUACUGGAAUAUUGAGGCUGCAAAAAUCAACACUUUUCACCCUGCUACUUAUGGCACUGACAUGACAUAACACAACAUAAAUGUCUAAAUUUUGCGUGUCGCUCCCAUUCACAGAAACCCAACAGAAGUAAUGUAAAUACAGACCUUACAGAAACAAAUUCAGUAAUGACACCAUAUUAGGUCAAAUGUGUUCAUUUAUGCAGUUUUGCAUCUUCACCUAUACAUUUCUAAAAUAUGCAAUAAGCUGAUAACAUUCAUGUUAACUGGGGAAACAUUUAGGUCAAGUGGUUUUGCAGAACAGAGGCAGGUUUAUCUGCUUCUUGGAACAUAGUUAUCUGGAAGUCCCUCAAAUCCGGAACAAGGACAGAUGUUUAAAGAUCUCCUUGGAGCAAGCCCCAAGGAGCAGGACUGGGAGAACAGUUUCAUGAUGCUUCAUAGCCUUUUCUAUUGUGCUAAUACUGAGGCUUGCACUGUUAAAACUCUUGAAGAACUUUUUUCUACUGAAAAUGAUGAUUAUUGUGGGUGAAUGUACAAGUCAGCUACCAAAGGUGCCAAUUGUUUCUGUCCAAACCAUCAUGUAUCUCCUCUCAGUGGACACACUAAUUAUCUAUAAUGUAUUCUGUCAGCUAAGUUAAGACUGUUUUGACAAAAUAUUCCAACUGUUACACAGAUUGGUGUUUAAGGACUGCAGAUGAGUCUUGUCAAGGCUGCAGAUUACUUCUUAAAUGGAACACAUUUUGUUGAAUGUUUUACUUUAAUGCUUAGCGCCCUCUGGUGGGAAUGAUCAAACAUUGCAGGUGUCUGCGAUGACCAUUUAUGCCAACAUAGCUUAGGCCUCUAUAAGCACUUUCUACCUUCUCCUCGAUUAACUUUUGUGACAUUGCAUUAUUUGUUUUUCAAAAGCUGAAGACAAAUUUAAUGAAAUAUAUGCUUGAAAUAA